UUUUUUUUUAAUCCUCGCACCAAGCGCUUCACCUCAUUGGGGUGGAGGAGAAGGCGGCGGCUGUCCGGUCCGCAGCGGCAACAGGAAUGAAUAAUAGGGCUAAUGGACUGCUGAACUAUGAAGUAUUUCAGACCCAGUAGUAGAACAUCACCCUGCCGCUCACUCCUUUAUCUCCUACUAGUUAUUUAAAUUGGACUUUUAAUAUCCUCCCAGCUGCUCUUCAGACACACAUGGUGCAUUGUUGCCAUUCCCUGGAUUGCAUCUUUGAAACACACGCUCUUACCAACCUUCAGCGAACAAAGAGGCAACCUCCCGGUACGGCUACCGGGAGGGAGGGAGUCAUCCUGACCGCCUGCUAGCUCCUGCUGGAUCUGGAUUUGAAUUCCAACAUGGAGCCUCGCAUGGAGUCCUGCCUGGCCCAGGUGCUGCAAAAGGACGUGGGCAAACGAUUACAGGUUGGCCAAGAACUCAUAGAUUAUUUCUCAGACAAACAGAAGUCUGCGGACCUUGAGCAUGACCAGACCAUGUUAGAUAAACUUGUAGAUGGACUCGCUACCUCUUGGGUGAACUCUAGCAAUUACAAGGUGGUUCUCCUGGGCAUGGACAUCCUGUCGGCGCUGGUCACCCGGCUGCAGGAUCGGUUCAAGGCGCAAAUCGGCACAGUGCUGCCAAGUCUAAUAGACAGGUUGGGAGAUGCUAAAGACUCCGUCAGGGAACAAGACCAAACUCUGCUGCUCAAGAUCAUGGACCAAGCUGCUAGUCCCCAGUAUGUAUGGGACAGAAUGCUCGGAGGCUUCAAACACAAGAAUUUCAGGACAAGAGAAGGCAUCUGCCUCUGCCUUAUUGCAACACUCAAUGUCUCUGGAGCUCAAACUCUAACACUAAGCAAGAUUGUGCCACACAUAUGUAACUUACUUGGAGACCCGAACAGCCAGGUUCGAGAUGCAGCAAUAAACAGCUUAGUGGAGAUAUACAGACAUGUAGGAGAACGUGUGAGGGCAGAUCUCAGUAAAAAAGGAUUGCCACAGUCUCGUUUGAAUGUCAUUUUUACAAAAUUUGAUGAAGUCCAAAAAUCUGGAAAUAUGAUACAGUCUGCAAAUGAUAAGAACUUUGAUGAUGAAGAUUCUGUGGAUGGAAAUAGACCUUCCUCUGCCAGCUCCACGUCGUCCAAAGCCCCACCAAGCUCCCGGAGAAACAUUGGGAUGGGCACUACGCGUAGGGUUGGGUCAUCCACUCUUGGAUCCAAGUCUUCAGCUGCAAAAGAGGGCGCCGGUGCCGUGGAUGAGGAGGACUUCAUUAAAGCCUUCGACGAUGUGCCCGUGGUGCAGAUUUAUUCCAGCCGAGACCUUGAAGAAUCCAUAAACAAAAUUAGGGAAAUAUUAUCUGAUGACAAGCAUGACUGGGAGCAGAGAGUAAAUGCUCUGAAAAAGAUUAGAUCUUUACUUCUGGCUGGUGCUGCUGAGUAUGAUAACUUUUUUCAACAUUUGCGUCUUUUGGACGGAGCCUUUAAACUCUCUGCUAAGGAUCUGCGGUCUCAGGUAGUGCGAGAAGCUUGUAUCACAUUGGGGCAUCUAUCAUCAGUUUUGGGGAAUAAAUUUGACCAUGGAGCUGAAGCCAUUAUGCCAACUAUCUUUAAUUUAAUUCCAAACAGUGCCAAAAUUAUGGCCACUUCUGGUGUGGUAGCUGUUAGGUUAAUCAUUAGGCACACACACAUCCCUAGGCUAAUUCCCGUCAUAACAAGCAACUGUACCUCAAAGUCUGUCGCUGUUAGAAGGCGCUGUUUUGAAUUUUUAGAUUUGCUUUUACAAGAAUGGCAGACACAUUCUUUGGAAAGACACAUAUCAGUCUUAGCAGAAACAAUAAAGAAGGGGAUCCAUGAUGCUGACUCUGAAGCUAGGAUAGAAGCCCGAAAGUGCUACUGGGGCUUCCACGGUCACUUCAGCAGAGAAGCAGAGCAUCUCUACCACACUCUGGAGUCCUCCUAUCAGAAAGCCCUGCAGUCCCACCUGAAGAACUCAGACAGCAUCGUGUCUUUGCCUCAGUCAGACCGUUCCUCUUCCAGCUCUCAAGAGAGUCUCAACCGGCCACUUUCUGCCAAAAGAAGUCCUACUGGCAGCACCACAUCAAGAGCCUCUACAGUUAGUACCAAGUCUGUGUCGACGACUGGGUCCCUGCAGCGGUCUCGAAGUGACAUUGACGUGAACGCAGCAGCCAGUGCCAAAUCCAAAGUCUCCUCGUCUUCAGGAUCCACUCCCUUCAGCUCUGCAGCAGCAUUGCCUCCAGGGUCAUAUGCAUCUUUAGAGUCCAGACACAUGAGGGAAGACAUGGAGUACAUAGGCCUGGAUGCAGGUCGGAUCCGUACGAGACGGCAAAGCUCUGGGAGUGCCACCAAUGUCGCCUCCACACCCUCGGACAGUCGGGGCCGCAGUCGCGCCAAAGUGGUUUCGCAGUCUCAGCGAUCCAGAUCUGCUAAUCCUGCUGGGGCUGGCAGCCGCUCAAGCUCCCCAGGGAAGUUGCUGGGAAGUGGCUACGGCGGACUUGCUGGGGGUUCCUCACGAGGCCCACCCGUGACACCGUCUUCAGAGAAACGAAGCAAGAUUCCCAGGAGUCAGGGAUGUAGCCGAGAAACGAGUCCAAACCGAAUAGGAUUAGCACGGAGCAGCCGUAUCCCUCGACCCAGCAUGAGUCAGGGGUGCAGCCGCGAUACCAGCCGUGAGAGCAGCCGAGAUACAAGCCCUGCUCGGGGCUUCACUCCACUCGCCUCUCGACGUCAUUCCAGGUCCACUAGCGCUCUCUCCACUGCUGAAUCUGUUGGGCAGUCAGACCGAUUUGGGCUGGGCCAGUCGGGAAGAAUCCCUGGUUCUGUGAACGCCAUGCGAGUCCUGAGCACAAGCACGGACCUGGAGGCCGCUGUGGCCGACGCGCUGCUGUUAGGAGACUCCAGGAGCAAGAAGAAGCCAGUGAGAAGGAGAUACGAACCUUAUGGGAUGUAUUCUGAUGAUGAUGCCAACAGCGAUGCCUCCAGUGUUUGCUCAGAGCGCUCAUACGGUUCCAGGAAUGGUGGCAUUCCCCAUUAUCUACGGCAGACAGAAGAUGUAGCAGAAGUUCUUAACCACUGUGCUAGUUCAAACUGGUCAGAAAGGAAAGAAGGGCUCCUGGGCCUGCAGAACUUACUGAAGAGCCAACGAACCCUGAGUCGAGUAGAAUUGAAGAGAUUGUGUGAGAUUUUCACUCGAAUGUUCGCUGACCCUCAUAGCAAGAGAGUAUUCAGUAUGUUUUUGGAGACUCUUGUGGAUUUUAUCAUAAUACACAAGGAUGACUUGCAAGACUGGCUCUUUGUUCUUCUCACACAAUUACUGAAGAAAAUGGGAGCAGAUUUACUUGGAUCUGUACAAGCAAAAGUUCAGAAGGCUCUUGAUGUCACCAGGGACUCCUUUCCAUUUGAUCAACAAUUUAACAUUUUGAUGAGAUUUAUUGUGGAUCAAACUCAAACUCCAAACCUCAAGGUCAAAGUUGCAAUCCUGAAAUACAUUGAGUCUCUGGCCAGACAAAUGGACCCAACAGAUUUUGUAAACUCUAGUGAGACAAGACUUGCUGUUUCUAGAAUCAUAACAUGGACAACAGAACCAAAGAGUUCAGAUGUGAGAAAGGCAGCACAGAUUGUGCUGAUCUCUCUGUUUGAAUUGAACACACCGGAAUUUACCAUGUUACUUGGUGCCUUGCCAAAAACAUUCCAGGAUGGUGCCACCAAACUCCUGCAUAACCACCUCAAGAACUCCAGUAACACCAGUGUGGGGUCUCCAAGUAAUACGAUUGGCCGUACGCCUUCUCGACACCCCAGCAGCAGGACCAGCCCCUUAACUUCACCCACCAACUGUUCCCAUGGGGGACUGUCUCCAAGUCGGUUGUGGGGUUGGAGUGCCGAUGGGCUAUCGAAGCCCCCACCUCCCUUUUCUCAGCCUAACUCCAUUCCCACCGCUCCUUCCCACAAGACUCUCAGGCGCUCUUACUCUCCCAGUAUGUUGGACUAUGAUACAGAAAAUCUGAACUCUGAGGAGAUCUAUAGCUCCCUGCGUGGAGUUACAGAAGCCAUUGAAAAGUUUAGUUUUCGAAGCCAAGAGGAUCUGAAUGAGCCAAUUAAACGAGAUAUCAAAAAGGACUGUGAUAUGGUGUCCCGGGAUGGGGGCGCAGCCUCGCCAGCCACCGAGGGCCGGGGAGGCAGUGAAGUGGAGGGAGGCAGGACAGCACUGGACAACAAGACCUCCCUCCUCAACACCCAGCCCCCACGCGCCUUCCCUGGGCCACGUGCCCGGGACUACAACCCCUACCCCUACUCAGACACCAUCAACACCUAUGACAAGACGGCCCUGAAGGAGGCGGUGUUUGACGAUGACAUGGAGCAGCUUCGCGACGUGCCCAUUGACCACUCAGACCUGGUGGCUGACCUGCUGAAAGAGCUGUCCAACCACAACGAGCGCGUGGAGGAGCGGAAGGGCGCCCUGCUGGAGCUGCUCAAGAUCACCAGGGAAGACAGCCUGGGCGUGUGGGAGGAGCACUUCAAGACCAUCCUACUGCUGCUGCUCGAGACGCUUGGGGACAAAGAUCAUUCCAUUCGUGCUUUGGCAUUGAGAGUCUUACGGGAAAUUCUGAGAAACCAGCCAGCAAGAUUCAAAAACUAUGCCGAGCUGACGAUCAUGAAGACUCUGGAAGCCCACAAAGACUCCCACAAGGAGGUGGUGAGAGCUGCUGAGGAGGCUGCAUCCACGCUGGCCAGCUCCAUCCACCCCGAGCAGUGCAUCAAAGUGCUGUGCCCCAUCAUCCAGACGGCCGACUACCCCAUCAACCUGGCCGCCAUCAAGAUGCAAACCAAAGUCGUGGAGAGGAUCGCUAAGGAGUCCCUGCUGCAGCUCCUCGCUGACAUUAUCCCGGGCUUGCUGCAGGGUUAUGACAACACUGAGAGCAGCGUACGGAAAGCCAGCGUGUUUUGCCUAGUGGCAAUUUAUUCCGUAAUCGGAGAAGACCUGAAACCUCACCUCGCACAGCUCACAGGGAGCAAGAUGAAGCUACUAAACUUGUACAUAAAGAGGGCCCAGACUACCAACAGCAACAGCAGCUCCUCGUCUGACGUGUCCACACACAGUUAGUGGCAGCGCCAGUCUGUGCAGACCAGACGUCAUCGGUGGUGCCUCGGAACCCCCAUCCUCCCGAUCGGCUGCCCAGUGAAGUGCAAGGAGGCCACAUGUAUUUAUUACAAUCAGUAUUUUGGUCCCUUCCAGCUUUUGUGUAGAAUCUUACUGGUAUUGAAUGUAAUGGAAGCAAGGCCUGUAUCACAAUCUUCAUAGAAAUGAGAGGAAUGAAUGAGACACAAAGAGCCAUACUCACAUAUGUCUUGUCCUGCCUGCUGAGUUCACCAGGCCCUGUGUUGGGGGCACAGCUCACAGAAACCAGAACUCUCUAGCCAGCGCUUGGUGCCCAGUAGCAUUUUUCUCCAGUUAAUAUGGAUUGGGAGUUGGGGUGGGCAUUCCUUUGUGUUUUUCACACUUAAUGUUCCUUAAUGAUCUGAGUGGGGCAAAGCACCACCCUUCUCUUCCCAGCCUGCACUGCAAAAGGUCUGUGUCUUUCAAGUUAGGUAUUGAGACUUCUAAAAGUGGGAUUCAAGUCUUGGGCAAGAAGAGGAGACCAGCCCGGAGUUUCCUUGAAACAAAUGCUUGGAAUUUGCUCCUCAUGCACAGACAGGACCCAGGUGCCCUGGCUUUGGGUAUGGAAUCAUGCAUGCUCACAGACAGAGUCCCUACUCCAGAGAUAACAUUGAAAAAUAAUUCUUUUCAGUCUAGAAGCAAGCAUCCAAUUAAUUUAUAAUCUUUCCAAGAUAGCUUGUCUGGGCACCCAGCAGAUAGAAAUGUCUCUCUCCCUGCUGAAGACCUAGGGAGAUGCUACUUACUGUAUCAUGGCCUCACCCAGGAUGCCAGAUUGGUGGCUUAGAUUUAGCACCCUAUCUCCUUUCCCCAGGCUUUACCUAAGCCACUCAGUUCUAGAAUGUUCUUCAUCUGGGAAACAACAGAUUCACCAUCUCAGUUGUGGCAUCUCUCUUGAAUUUGGGUUUCUUAAUCAAAAAAGGCACAGAAAAACAGAUGUCCCCAUCAUUGUCUAUAAUUCUGUGAGUUGAAGGGCUUCUUCCUGUGUUGAUGUCGGGUCAUUACUUAAGGAAAGGAUGACCAUGAUGAAUGAUAGACCGUAGAACACCAGGGCUAGACACUCUCCUACAGGCUGUUUCCUUCCCUGAGAAGCCAUCCCACUGGCUUUUAUUUCGUCCCCUUGGAAAUCCCAUUGAUUCAAAGACAGUAACAAGAUGUAGGGUUGACUAAAUACAUUUUAAGCCAAAUGACAAGUCUUGAUGGAAUCAUGCAACUUCUGUUGUCACUUACCUCUAAUGAACAUUUAUUGAAAUGAUUUUUCCACUAGGAAAAAGCUCUUUUUUUUUUUUUUGGAGACAUUGUCAUACUUUUUAACCCAGGCUGGUCUUGAACUCAACUCCUGAGUGCUAGAAUUAGAGGUAUGGGCCACCACGCCUAGCAAAAGGCUUCUUUUCUAAUGACUUGGUUCAGGCACUGGCUUGUUCAUUGUGGCCUGAUAGAACUUCAUUAGAGGCUGCAGCACCCAACUUCUUACCUCUUGACUCCAGUGCCCCUUUUCUGACCCUCUGGGUAAGGUGGGGAAAUUGUAGGAUACUGUAUUUGGGGACAGGCACUGAAAAUGAAGCUCCCUCAAGCAUCCAGGUAGGCAUGUUUGAAUGCCCCACUGCUGCUUAUCCAGGACCUUCAAGGGGUUUAUGUGACUGACUGGCUCAAAAAAGCCAAGACCAACUAGGCGUGGUGGCACACACCUUUAAUCUGAGGUGGGAGGAUCACUGAGUUUGAGGCCAUCCUGAGACUUCAUAGUGAAUUCCAGGUCAGCCUGGACUAGAGUGAGACCCUACCUCGAAAAACAAAACAAAACAAAACAAAAAGCCAAGACCAGGCCUUCCUUUGGUAUCAACUAUUGUUAAUAGUUCAUCAUUGAAAUUUUCUUCCUUACACUCUACAAGGGUCCGUAAGUCUUGAGGUCUGUUGCAGAGCUAUGCAUCCCAGCCAGGUUACUUAGGAGUUCUCUUAUGCACUUAGACCCUUCAGUAGAGUUCUCUGGCUUCCAGAUGGUUGCCAUGGUACCCAGUAAAAUUGACUGGUUUGGGAACAUUGCCUGAUGUCUUCACAGUACUCACAAAGGGCUAGCCUUGAAUGUCAUUUGCCCUCCUUCAAUCUCCCAAAUAGAGAGAGAUACAAUCACCAAACAGGUCUCUUGGGCUCAAUCUGAAAACCGCUGCCCGCCACCCCAAGGAGACUCGCAUGCCGCCGCCACCUCACAGAGGGCGGCUGCGCCCACCACCUCCCUCUGAACCCCAACAGCUGCCUGGCCUUGCCUCCACCUCCCUAUCUACCUGACUGUCCAGGGCCUCAGAACCCUUACCCUGUUCCGGGGGGCUGCUCAUCUGCCUUCCUGCUUCCUGUCAAGCUGCUGCCUCCCUCUCAUGGCCUCAGCCGUGGUCCGACAGGUGCGGCUGGCCCUCACGGCACGGGACUGUCUUCAAGUGCACCGAGCGCUCCUCGGCCCGGUGCCUGCCUUCGCCCAGGCCUGCCUUAUCUGUGGCUCACUACUAGCUUACCAACACCCUCUGCAGGUAACAUGACCAGUUUUGUUUCAGAAACCUGUUUAUUUCCCUGCCACACUUAUUGAAACAUACUUUUAAAGGACAGCAAAUAAGAACUUUGUAGAACCCUACAAGACUCUGCUAACAAUGUUUGGAAAUGGAAACAAAAUGCUCUGAAAAAUAUCAGCCAACAAAAUAGUUUGGUUGGCGCUGUGUUCACACGCAUGGUCCCCAUACCCCAAGUUGGGUAUGGUUUGUUUUGUUUUUUUGGGUUUUUUUUUUUUUUAGGCUUUUUCAUGUUACAUCCAUAUCUGUAUUUAUAUCUUAUUUGUUUCACUUCCAGGUAUAUCAUGGCAAAUGUACAGUUUUUUUUUGUUAAUAAUGUGCUAGGAUUUGCUAAAAAAGAAAAUCAAAAAAAGAAAAAAAGAAACCCUUUUGAGUUUGCCCUAGAAUAAAUGAAACUUAAUUCA